CGUAGCGGCCGGGCCGGGCCGGCGCCUGCGUCCCGCGAGCAUCCCGGCUCCUGAUUCCUGCCAGUGAUUCCUGCUACUGAUUCCUGCCUCCUGCCCGCCGCCGCCAUGGAUUACCGGGCGCUGGUGAUGAGCCAGGUCGUGCCCGGGCAGUUCGACGAUGCGGACUGCUCGGACAGUGAAUCUGCAGAAGACACAGAGACAUGUAAAGAGGGUGGGGUCCCUGAGAGCUGCCAUUUAUGCACAUGUGAAGAAGUUAACGCUGAGGAAGGAGAUGGUGACAAUGACAACGAUGAUGAAGAAGAAGAUGAAGACUGGGACUGGGAUGAUGAAGUGGGAAGACUCACGAAGCGCCACAGUGCUGCUGGUGGGUGCAAUCCACAGGCAAAUAGACAGACCCCUAAUUGCUCUUCAGCAAAACUGUCAACCCCUGCAGGCAAGGUUUUAAGAAAAUUUGAGCACAAAAUUAAUUUAGAUAAGCUAAAUUUUGAUGACUCCGUUAUAAACAGAGUCACAGAAAAGUCUAGACAGAAGGAAGCAGACAUGUACCGAGUCAAAGACAAGUCAGACAGAGCAACAGUAGAACAGGUGUUGGAUCCAAGGACCCGAAUCAUUCUGUUCAAGAUGCUCUCUAGAGGUAUCAUAUCAGAAAUCAAUGGCUGCAUCAGCACGGGGAAAGAAGCCAAUGUAUAUCAUGCCAGUACUGCAAAUGGAGAGAACAGAGCAAUAAAGAUUUACAAAACCUCUAUUCUGAUGUUUAAAGAUCGGGAUAAGUAUGUGAGUGGUGAAUUCAGAUUUCGUCAUGGAUACUGCAAAGGCAACCCAAGAAAAAUGGUGAAGACGUGGGCCGAAAAAGAAAUGAGGAAUUUAAUAAGAUUGAAUACGGCCCAGAUACCUUGCCCAGAGCCAAUUAUGCUAAGGAGUCAUGUGCUUGUCAUGGGCUUUAUUGGUAAAGGUGAUAGGCCUGCUCCUCUGCUGAAGAAUGCUCAGUUAUCUGACUCCAAAGUCCGGGAGCUCUACCUACAGAUCAUCCAGUACAUGAGAAGAAUGUACCAAGAUGCCAGACUUGUUCACGCAGAUCUCAGUGAAUUUAAUAUGCUGUACCAUGGUGGGGACGUGUACAUCAUUGAUGUAUCUCAGUCUGUGGAGCACGACCACCCUCAUGCACUGGAGUUCCUGCGGAAGGAUUGUGCCAACGUUAACGACUUUUUCCAGAAGCACAAUGUUGCAGUGAUGACUGUGAGGGAGCUGUUUGAAUUUAUUACUGAUCCUUCUAUCACAAGUGAGAACAUUGAUGACUACCUGUCUAAGGCAAUGGAAAUAGCAUCGAAAAGAACAGAGGAGGAAAGAUCCAGUCAAGAUAAAGUGGAUGAGGAAGUAUUUAAGAAGGCCUACAUACCUCGAACUCUGACUGAAGUUAAAAACUAUGAGAGGGAUGUGGACAUAAUGAUGAAAUUGAAAGAAGAGGAUAUGGCAUUGAAUGUUCAGCAAGAUAAUAUUCUCUACCAGACUGUGACAGGACUGAAGAAGGAUUUGUCUGGUGUUCAGAAGAUUCCUGCACUUCUUGAAAAGGCAGAUAAUUCAGAAACAGACUCUGAUGAUGAUGAUGAUGAUGGUGGCAGCUCAGAGGACUCUGAUUCGGGCUGUAAAGAAUCUGUACAUCCCAAAGAUAAACCUGCUGAAAUUAGCAUGGACAAAAAGGUUUCUCAUUCUGUGGUCCUUGGUCAGGCACAAGCUUGUGGAGCGUUAAGUGGGCAUGUGUUGGAGAACACUGUGUCUCUUUGGGCUAUGAACAGGCCCUUAUGUGGACUGUGCACUGGAGACCUGAGGUCUGACAGAUAUCUGAGCCCUCGAGGAAAUGUCCUACCAUACUGUGUGAAACACACUGUUCAUUCAGCUUGCUGCACUCUAACAGUGGUGAAUAUGGGAAACGCUCGUUCUUCUGGUGGUGGCUCAAGUGAAGGAGCAGUGGUCUGGAGAGACAAAAGUAGAGGGGAAAGAACGAUUGAAGAGGAGAAGGGGUUGUCACUUUGUGGUUCUUCAGCCUCUUUUGCACCACUGCUUGUUCUGGAUGUUGUGACCAAUCUGUGCACCAUGCUCUGAGUACUUUCCCAUCCCCCUGCCUUAUUGAUCCAAGCUUGCCUUGUCUCCUCACCUUCACUGAAGACUACACACCAGUGACAGACUGGGAAGAACAAAGGAACAGCAGGGAGAGUUGGAGGCUCUUCUCAGGGCAGUUUUGACUUGUUUGAAAAGCCACUCCCUGUGGGGGUAUGUAGCUGAGGUGGCAGAUUUGCAGUGACUUGCCUUCGUGACAUCAGGUGCAUCGGUGCAGCACAGGGUGCAAGUCAUUACUGGGGAUGGGUAGGGACCAGACCAAGGGCUCAGUCCUGCUGAAGGCUCAACUCCUGGUGCAACUGAAAGAAAUGGAGCUUUGAGCCUGGCUUAAAAUGGGGCUGAAGAGUUUUCAGCUGAAGAAGGGGUUUAUUGAUCAUGUCACAUUUUUGGUGUUCUGGCACAUUAGUGUUGGUGGAGUAGAAGAAAAAGUUGUUUUAAAAGCAUUUUAAAGUUGUUUUAAAAGCAUUUAAAAUAAGAGUUCAGAAGAAUCUAUUGUGUGCUUUUUUUUCCUUUCCCUGAGCUUCUAAGGAUUACUGCUUAUAGCCAUGAAACGUUAGAAAAUACUCUAUUUGUGAAGAUCCCUUUUCAGCCAUCCAAAGUGAUUGCAUUAAGAUGUCAUUCAACAUUAUACACAUGGUGGAGAGAAAAGCCAGUCCUGGUCUUCCCUCAAAGUUGAACAGGCUCCAGCCUGUAAUGGAACUAUUUAUUUAUUUGAGAGUGAAGAAAAGAUGGACAAAAUUUGUUAUUGCGUAAAGGAGUCAAAAACCAAUCUGAACUUGCCUUCAGCGUUGGCUUUCCAAGUAUUUCAAUAUAAAACUUUCCCAAGACCCUGGAAAAUCCUUGUCAAACUUAUUUUAUUUUCUCUCCCACAGGUGAACCAGGAACACUCUCAUCAUUUUUUUCAUGCAGGGAAACCAGUAGCAAUGCCCACAGAUGCUACUGCAAAGUGAAUUCAACUUCAAUCAAUAGAAAUGAGAUGU